GCAAAGGUGUCGAAUGGAGCCCGAGUGAGACGUCGUCCGCGCCGUAGAGGAUCUCGGGCGGGCCUCAGUGCGCAGACUCGCUGCAUCUUUCGUCGCUUUCCGCUCGAGCAUCACUCGGUCGAGAAGAGAAGAGACGACGCCCGAUCGGCACCGGACCGGACCGAGCCCAGGGAGAAGGACUGGCUUUGAGUUUACGGAUGUGAAGGAAAGCGAGCCUUCCUCGCCUUCCUUCGUCCUUCGUUCUUCCCUUCCCUCCUUCCACCCUUUCUCAUUGGUUUUUUCCUCUCUCUCACGCCGUCACGAAAUGGCGGACAUCACAGAGCUGCGAGCCCCCAACGCCAUGUCGCCGGUGCUGGCGGGCUUCCUGGGCGCGGGCAUUCUGGUGGCGGUGGUGAUCGCGCUGCUUCUGCUCUGGUCCUUCUGCCAGCGCCGCUACCUGCGCUCAUCCGGACGCUACAAGCUGCACGGCGACCGCUACUGCGACGCCGAGGACCCCCCCUACAAGUUCAUCCACAUGCUGAAGGGGAUCAGCAUUUACCCGGAAUCGCUCAGCAGCAGCAAGAGGAUCGUGCGAGGCGCCAGGCGGGCCGAGCGGGACGGCGAGCGCGCCCGCGGGACGGUGCCGGCGGACGCCGGGAACAACCUUCUGGACGUCCCGCCGGAAGUCCCGGCUCAGCUGGAGGUGAGCCGGCCGGCCGGCCCCGCCCGCCUGGAGCGCGCCUUUCCGGUGCGCGCCGACUACUGCCGCCCGGACGCCGGCAGUCAGAGCGGCAGCGAGGCGCCGUCGCCCUUCACGCCCGCCUCCUCGGAAGCGGAACCCGAAGCCGGGCUGGGAGUGCUCAGCCUCACCGUGGACUACAACUUCCCCAAGAAGGCGCUGGUGGUCACCGUGGUGGGCGCCCGCGGGUUGCCCGCCAUGGACGAGCAGGCCGGCAGCUCGGACCCGUACGUGAAGAUGACCAUCUUGCCCGAGAAGAAGCACCGCGUCAAGACCCGCGUGCUGAGGAAGACUCUGGACCCGCUCUUCGACGAGACCUUCACGUUCUACGGCGUGGCGUACAGCUCGCUGCCCGAGCUGACGCUGCACUUCCUGGUGCUCAGCUUCGACCGCUUCGCCCGCGACGACGUCGUCGGCGAGGCCGUGGUGCCGCUCGAGGGCGUGGACCCCAGCACGGGCCGGGUCCACCUGAGCCGGCGCAUCACCAAGAGGAAUAUGCAGUGCGAGAGCCGCGGCGAGCUGCUGGCGUCGCUGUCCUACCAGCCGGUGUCCCAUCGGCUGAGCGUGGUGGUCCUCAAGGCGCGGCACCUCCCCAAGAUGGACAUCGCCGGACUGUCUGCAAACCCGUACGUGAAGGUCAACGUGUUCUACGGCCGCAAGCGCAUCGCCAAGAAGAAGACGCACGUGAAGAAGUGCACGCUGAACCCCGUCUUCAACGAGUCCUUCAUCUACGACAUCCCGCCCGAGCUGCUGCCCGACAUCUCCGUCGAGUUCCUGGUGGUGGACUUCGACCGCACCGCCAAGAACGAAGUCCUGGGCCGGCUGCUGCUGGGCCUGCACGGCGCCGCGCCCUCCGGCGCCGCCCACUGGCGGGAGGUCUGCGAGAACCCCCGCCGGCAGAUCUCCAAGUGGCACAACCUCAGCGAGUUCUGAGCGUCGCGCGAAAAUGACGGACCGCUGAGCAGAGCGCGCACGCACACACACACACACACACUUGGAAACAACUCACACGCACACUUCACAAAAUGCGCUCGUGUGUGUGUGUGUGCGUGCACGUGCGUGCUUUGAAGAAGCAAGUCGGUGUUGUCCUCAUGCAGUUGAUUGCAUGUCUUUGUGAAGAGAAGAACAACACCCCCUACGCCCCCACAAGCCCCCCCCCUCCCCCCCAACAACCAUAGUCCUGACAAUUCCCAUCAUGCUUUGCUAACUGACCCCCGACGCCCACGGGGAGCGUCGUUUUCAAAGCACUUUGAGCCUUUAUCCAUAUCCAGCUUAAGGUUCAUGUACUAGUAUCCCAUUUGUCCUUACUAGUAACUCAACUCAGCUGUUGUAGAGAUAUUUUAAUGUAGUCGUAGCGAAGAAGUCACUCUCAAUUUCCAAAAUGUCCAGAUCAUAUUGCAAUCUUAUUUUUGACGUAGUUUACACGAGACCAAAUAAACGAUAAUCAGUUCACGAGCGGUCGUUUUGCAACAGACUUGAAGGCAAAAUAAAUAUUUAUCUGAUUAAUGGAUGGAGGAAUUGAAAAUAUUAAAAAUAUUGUCUCGCCGCAGCCACGUUGCCAGUUUUGCAGUUGAGCAACUGCGUAGUUGCCGACAGCGACGGUCGUAGUUUUUCUACCUUAGUGGAAGGAAAUAUCAAUAUAAUCGAAACAACCGUUCUACUGCUGCGCUGAGUCUUCCUUUCGACUGAGGGCAAAGAGCGCACUAGUACGCGCACCCGGAACUGGAUACGGACUAAAUGCCGCAAGGGCUUUGGCGAGUAGUGUCGGGACUUGCAGGCGUGCAGGUAACAACCACGUGUAAAUAAAUUCCUGCGUGUGCUUGUUUGUAGCAUGAAUGACUUCCUCUCCGCUUGCGUCGUGACGGCAACGCUAGUCGUGAGGCUAAGCUAGCAUCCCGCGCUCAAGGACUACUGGGGCGCCGCCCGCAGGCGCAAGACGUGACGCCAAAGCCCGUCGGACGCUCCCGUUGGUAUUUUGAUGAUGAUGUCAUAACCGUGCGUGUGAUGUAACGGCGUUGUUGUUCACUUCCGUGUUGAUGAGCGGUUCCGAUCGUUCCCUAACCACAACAUUUUGCACUCGAUGCUCAGUCGGACAUUUUGUGUGCCGUUGCAAUGUGUAGUGAGUGUACUGGAUGCAAAAUACUACGUAGUACAUAUUGAGUAGGGAGGAGGCGACGAGUGACUGAACACACGAACACACCGGAAAGAGAUUCUGAAAUGCGGAACCAUUUGACUUGUGGGCCUGAAACGAUGAAUCAAAUCCGCUUUAAGCACGAUUAGGAGCGCGCGCGCGCUUGAUACGCGGUUGUUGCAGGAUUUGUUCAGUGGAUCCCUGCUUCAACAACCUUUUUUUUUUUUAAUAUAUAUAAAAGCUUUCCAAUAUUUUCUUUUUUUUUCUAGUUUUUAAUGUUUCUUUUUUUUCAGGUUCUGGUCCGCUUAUUCCUUUUUUGCUGUAAAUAUCUGUAGUGUUUUUUAAAAAAAAUAUAUAUAUGUUUGAGCCUCUCGCUCGUUCUCUCUCUCCAACUGCUGAAGACAUAUUUAGCGCAUGAAGAUGAUUGCGAUUCAGCGAAGGAUUUUUCCUCAUUUUUGAGUCAAACGCUCACUGCAGGGAUUUUGAGUGGACUUUACGGUCAACGGUACAGUCCACGACAUAACAAUCCCAUCAUAUCGUGUUUCAGGAGUAUUUGAUGAAUCGUUUCAACCCUCGAGUCAAUUCUGUCGAAAUCGUGAUGUCGUGAUUUGGGUUCGGGAAAUGAGCGGUCGACUCCCCGACACGAGACUUCCCCUCAUGAGCGCCCUGCACAUUGUGCCAGCCGGUGGCGCUGUUCCGGCAAACAUGACAUUUAAGUUCCUCCCCGCCUACGUCCGACGAUUUUGUAUCGAAGUUGCUGGAAAAUUUCUGAUGGCCUGAAAGCUUUCCCUGCGUUGGAGCGCCCCCUGCUGUACACCCGAAUGACGCUAACCUUCCCCUUGACGUGCAAAUAAAACAAGAUAGCCUGAUUCCUCUUCCUCCUUUCUUCUUCUUGUUCUUCCUUUUGGUCACGUCACGUAAUCUUCUUGGUUGGCUCAACUUCCUCUUCCGUUACCCAUGAUGCAACGUUGCUCGUUCUUU